AUGGCUGAUGUGGUCGGGGAAGAUACGCUGUUGGGCGCAGAAUUCUUAGGCCCGCAUGUGAAUCGCACCCAUGCGACAUACUCUCCGACCAACAACUACAUUGUUGGAGGCCAUGGGAAACAGCUUGUUAUAGUGAAUUCCAAACCUGUAUCCGCCGGUCAUCAGUAUUUUAUUCUCGACUUCGAUACAGUUCAAACGAUUCUUCUUCACACUCGACAGCUUCUUUCCAAUAUUCUUACCGCGUUUUUGUCUCGCCGAUCGCCCAUUAAUCGUCUCUCUUCAAUCCAUACCAAUCGGUUUAAUCACCGGUCGCCUAAAUCGCCUUCUCAAUCUCCAACUUCGCCUGAAUGCCGUCGAAGCAUCAUCGUUACGGCCUUUCUGGAUAGCUGCGAGAAGUUUAUUCGCAGCUUUGUUGUAAAUGUGGAUAUAUGCGCAUGCAAGUCGAGCGAUGUCAAAGAUUUACAGCGGGGCCAGCAAGAUCGGAUAAGCUUUCUUAUAAAUUACCUUUGCCGCGAUCAACGCGCAAGAGACGAGCCAGAUGAUCAAAUUCCAAUAGACGCAGUACUCAAGGACAUACUUCAAUAUCUGUGGCAAUACCAUGUAGCUGUCGUAUCUGUUAUGCACGAAACAGAGCGAAUCGGUCGGGAUAACAAGAUCAAAUGCCUUAAUUGCGGAUGUAUCUCCGAGGCUGUCGAGGGUAAGCGCAUUGAUCAGCUGCCUGUGGAAUCUACUGAGGUUACCACUGAAAGCCCGUCCUGGGAAGAUGCAGACGGUUUCAGCAAGACAGAAUUCUUGCGAGUACGUUAUUUUCAUGACAAUGCUAUUCCGUUCAUCCAGAGCGAGAGACAACGUUUGAGCGAGAGGCUUGGGCUUUCAGCACUGAAGCCCAUUCGUCGUUCAAUUCCACGGGAAAAGUCCCCCCGCAUCUCAAACCUUGCCAAGCACUUCGAACUGUUGAGUCGCGAGUUUGAGAAGGAGCGUCAGAGAGAGCGACGGCAGAGAAAUAUUAACAGAAGUCGAGCAUUUCCGCCGGUAUCAUCAAAGCCUGUUGGGGAGGUCUACAGUGACCUCACUAUAGUCAUCAAAAAAAAUGUAAAGACGGUCCGAAGCAAACGCUUGUCUACUGCUGUGGAACCCGGAGCCAAUACCAGAUAUAUAAAUAUUUAA